CCUCCCCCACCCAUUACCCCCGACCGCCUUCGGUACGCUAUAUAUAAAAACGUUUGCAUUCGGUCGUGCUCCGUUUCAACUAACCGGUGAUUGCGGCGGUUUCCGUAACCCGAAAAAAUGUAUUUUUCAGUCUUUUUGUAAACAUUUCUCAUUGUGAAUACCAUAUUGCAUUAUGGCUGCUUAAGCCCUUUGAAGGGACCAGAGUCUGAAGUUUGGGAGAUAAUUUUGUGCAUAUAUAUUCAAAUUGGUUUUUGCCACUAUGCAGGACAGCUGCAUUCGCUUAUCAAACAUUAUCUGCAAUGAUAUUUUGGUUAACAAAUUUAAACCGCUUUGGGUUAGACACGUCUAUAAACUUAUUAAAUUCAGUAACCCUUUAAUAAUAAUAGUGCAGCCUGACUGAAAAUUCACCACACUAGUGAGAAAAUAAAAAAGACAACAAUCCAAACCUGUUAAGAGCUUUGGAUGAUCAAAAUUCCUUUGAUCACAUUUCACUGAUAUGUGUCAUGAUAAAUCUUUGAGGAAUUUUUUUGUGAAGUAGUACUGAGUGAAAUGGUACAUUGAUAAAAAAAAAUAUGAUUUCUUAUUGUAAGGAGAAGUAUUCAGAGACGUGCAUUUGAUUUAAGUUGGCUUUUCUGUAGUACCAUGCAGAUAGUCCCUUUUACAUUCAUUAUUUUGACCUUCCUUUUUCAGAAAUAAAAAGUUUAAAAAAUAUUCAUUAUUUUAUUUGGAAAUAAUUGAGAUUCAUUGGGACAGAGGCCCCAUGUAUAUAGGCUUCUAAUUGAAACCUUAAUUGUUUCAUCAAACUUCCUUUAUUUUAAAUGUGCUCCUUCCUCAUUUUAGUAAAAAUUAUGUAACUUUAGAAGAAAAAGUCUGGAUUGUGAAAUUGGGAACAAAUUACCCUGUCAAAAAGAAACUACUAAAGUUGAAGUAAUAAAAAAAAAGAAAAGAAAAUAAGCAUUGCAUGUAAUGUUAACUUUCAGGUUUUUAUUUUAUUAUGGCCUGGAAGUUGAUAAGAAUUGCACAAAAUUAUCUCCCAAACUUCAGACUCGUCCUUUACUCCUCUCCUGAUUUAUCUUCAUCAUGAAUGUUAUUGGCUCAUUUCUGCCGAAAUUGAAGAAUGACGCAGAGGUGACAGAGCUGAAAUAUGACUUAUCGUGUGAACUCUACAGGAUGUCUACAUAUUCCACUUUUCCAUCGAAUGUACCAGUAUCUGAAAGGAGUCUUGCUCGAGCUGGUUUCUAUUACACCGGUCUGAAAGACAAAGUGAAAUGUUACAAUUGUGGCUUAAUGUUGGAUAACUGGAAAAAAGGGGACAGUGCCAUGGAGAAGCAUAAACAACUCUAUCCCAGUUGCAGUUUUGUUCAGAGUCUGACUUCAAUGACUAGCCUUGGAUCCUCGUUUCGUUCUGCUUUCUCCCCUCCAGCUACCUCUGGACUUAACUUUUCACCUGCUUCAAUGCAAGCCUUAAGUUUGGGUCAAGUUGGGUAUUACAAUGAAAGCUUUUCCAGUUUUCCUCAUAACCCAGUGACAUCUGGAGCAGUAGAAGACCUGUCACUUUUGAGGCCAAAGGCUUUCAACCCUAUGAUGAGCACGGAAGAAAGCAGAUUGCUCACUUUCAAGACAUGGCCCCUGACAUUUUUGUCCCCAACAUCUUUAGCCAAAGCCGGGUUUUAUUAUGUAGGACCUUCAGACAGGGUGGCUUGUUUUGCCUGUGGUGGUCAGUUGAGUAAUUGGGAACCAAAGGACAAUGCUAUAUCAGAACAUCAAAGGCAUUUUCCAAACUGUCCUUUUGUGGAACAAAUCCAAAACAGUUUGACUGGCUUUAAUUCGGGCAUGCAAAACUGCAUAGGCCGUUUCAGAACUUUCAAAACGUGGCCAGUGACAGUUCCAGUUCACCCACAGCAACUGGCAGAUGCUGGCUUCUAUUACGUGGGUCGCAAUGAUGACGUCAAAUGCUUCAGUUGUGACGGUGGACUCAGGUGUUGGGAGACUGGGGAUGAUCCAUGGGUGGAGCAUGCUAAAUGGUUUCCAAGUUGUGAAUACCUGAUUUAUAGAAAGGGUCCAGAGUUUGUCCGCCAAGUUCAAGCAAGGUAUCCUCAUCUUCUUCAACAGUUGUUAUCCACUGCAGAUACACCUGUAGAAGAAAAUACAGACGUACCAA